GACUGAGGAGCGCGAGGCAGCCAACGGGGUAAACCAAGCAAGGAGGGAGCAUGUUGGAGCGGUAGAGAGAGUAGGCACUAUGUUUAAUGUGAAGUAAAUUAGAAAUACAUGUCGUUAAAAUAGCAGCGCGGUAUUCUGUUCGUUGCUGUUCAGGUGUUUACGUGAACCUGUGCUGCUGUUUUGAAGUCGUUUUGUCGGAGACAACGAGAGAGGGUUAGUGGUUGGGAUGUUGGCGGCGGAAAACCCAGCAGUGGACGGACAUUUGGCACCAGCGACUCCCCGCAGAAGAGGUAUGGAUUGUAAGUCCAGUGGCAAUGCUAGCAAGAAACUUAUCCAAGCUCGUCUCCCAUUCAAGCGCCUGAACACUGAACCUAAAGAGAACCAGCUGCCCAAGCGCCCAUGUGCCCAUGCCUGCCCCGAACAUGGAGACUCAGACAGGCAGAAUGGGGACGAAUCCUCUCCGCUCUCCGUGUGCAGUGGACCGCCUUUGGUUAAUGGUCGCGGGCCACUUGAUGGCUUCCUGAACCGCAGGCGUCCCACGCCGUCAGACGAGAACAUGGUCAUAGAUCUGACAGACAACACACCAUCUUGUGCAAAGCGCCUUGCUUCACCUGCUCCUGCCUCUCCGUCCCUCCCAACAAAAGACCAGCCUCCCUGCAAAGACAAAACAGCCUCAUCUGAGAAAUCCACCGAUGCCGGUGACACUCCUAAAAGACACACUUUAGACUGCACAGGAGACGACAGCGAUGAGGAAGAAGAUCUGACGGCAUCUGUCUCGCAACUUGAUACAACGCAGGAUUCUGACAGUGAGCCAGAAGAGCAAAAUGAGUCAGGAAAUGUUUCUAGUGUUGGAAACAGGUCCGUGCAGUCGCCUUCAUCAGACAGCUCCACGUCUGAAAGCUCCCCAGAAAAGUCCAGUGACCCAACACCUACAGAGUCAAAGACGACCCCCAAGAUACCAGCAGAGAAAAAGAUGAAAAGACGCUCACUGAAGAGUUUACAAGAACAAGAAGAGAGGCUUCGGCUGCAACAGGAAAAGGAACGACAGAAGGAAGAGGCCAAAGCUGCCAAGCAGAAAAAGAAAGAAGAGGCACGCAAACUUAAGGAGGCACGAGAAAGGGAAAAACGUGAGAAAAAGGAAAAAGAUGAGCGUGAGAAGCGAGAGAAAAAAGAGAAGGAGGAGAAGGAAAAGGCAGAGAGGUUAAAAGCAAAAGAGGAGCUGCGAAAAUCCAAGCAGGAGGCUAAGCUGGAAGAAAAGCGAAAGAAAGAGGAGGAGAAACGAAUGAAAGAAGAGGAGAAACGGUUGAAAGAAAAGAAAGAUCGUCUCAAAGCUGAGAAAGCUGAAAUUACACGGUUCCUACAGAAACCCAAAAUCCAACAAGCUCCAAAGACACUUGCUGCUGCUUGUGGGAAGUUUGCUCCGUUUGAAAUAAAAGAACACAUGGCUCUGGCCCCACUGUGCCGGGUUCAUUGCGAGGACUCUGCUCUAGAGGACCUGGACCGGUGUUUGUUGAACCCUGCUGAUAACCUGAACGGACUAAAAGACUGGAUUGGGCACAAACCCAGACGGUCUGGACCCACCAAACCUAGACAGACAGACUCACUCAGGGAGUGUUUAGUAGUAGAAGGGCCAAAACCGGAUGGGGUACCAGACCGUAGACGUUAUGGACCCAUGAAGCUGCUGCAGUUCCAUGAGAACUACCGUCCAGCGUACUGGGGGACCUGGAGCAAGAAGAGUUCACACAUCACGCCUCGCUGCCCCCUCAGACAAGACAAGGUUUUACUUGACUAUGAGGUGGACAGUGAUGAAGAAUGGGAGGAAGAGGAACCAGGAGAGUCUCUGUCUCAUAGUGAAGGGGAAGACGAAGAGGAAGGAGGUGAAGAUGAUGAUGAAGACGAUGACGGCUUCUUUGUUCCUCAUGGUUACCUUUCAGAUGAUGAGGGAGCUCUGGAAGAGGAGGAGGGUGGAGACCUGGAGAAGCAAAAGCUGCGUCAGAAACUUAAAGCUCGAGAGUGGGAUGAACUGAUGUCAACCAAGAAGAAGAUGAAGGUGCUGGAGCCGGUGGUGAGGGGCUGCAUUUGGGAGGGAGAAGCUCUUGGUUUGGAGCUUCUCCAACCUUAUGGUGUGUGUCUGGUAGAGCCUUUACCGAAGGCAGACACCAGCCCCAGCCCCGAGGAACUGUCACAGAAAUGUCUCAGAGAAGCACAACUACUCGGCCAGCUGCUCCCUCUGCUGCAUGGCAAUGUCAACAGCGGCAAAGUGAUCAUCAGCGAGUUUCAGGAGUUCUGUCGUGGACAGUCCUCCUCAUCAUCAUCACCUCCCGAUCUGUCCAGCCCCCAGAGUCCAGCAGAAAACAUCCCCACCAGAAUACAACUGAAGCGCCUGAUCAAGAACAACGCUGUUUAUGAGAAGCGCUCCACUUACAGACGCUGCUGCUGGUAUGUGCACACAGAGGUCCUGAGCCGUUACGGCCAGGAGGCUCUCCCAGUGCCCUGCCAGUGGACCUACCUCACCACAGGAGCUCGCGAAGAGUCCCGUGAAGAACCCCAGGCAGCCACAGGUUCUCAGGGAAACUCUCCCACUACACCCCAGACCUCCUCCGCCACCACGCCCUCAUCCUCCAGUAAGAGGAAGAGCACGGGCAGCAUGUCCAUCACCAAGUUCAUGAAGAAAUGUGCUGAUCCUGAGCAGGUGGAACCAAUGGAGACUGACGGUUUCCAGGCCGACACUGAGGAGGACGAUGACGACGACUGUGUCAUUAUUUCCCCAGAGAGUGGCCCUACCAGAAAGAACUCCGGAAAGGGAGACUGUCUAGUCGAAGUCACCCCCUCUGACACUGCUGCUCUCCCUGAGGCUAGCUCUGCUUCUACACUUGCCACAGUCUGAGGAUGGAGCAGGCCGCCUCCCCAAACCUAGCUACCCUGCCACCCUCAUUAAUUCCUCGUUCCUGGAUCUGAACUCUGUCCAAGACAGAAUCAAGUCUUCAAGCAAGAAUAAGCACCACACUCUGGUACAGGCUUCUCACAGGAGGUAGUGUCUGCUCAGAAUAAUGAGAUUCCUGUUGGUUUAAAAGAGUGUAUCCAUCUUGCCUGUAAAAGUUGUGUAUAAAAUAAGAGUGACUGACUUGAUUAUCGAGGACAGAUUUGUCUCGCGUUCAUUAACCAUGUCUGAUUUUUGCGUUAAAGUUCCUGUCAGGCGUGUACAGCAGGGGCCUCUCUCCAUAUGAGAUGUGUCUCUCUGGCUCCGCUUUAGCUACUGCAGACUGGGUUGGAUAGAAACAGGAAGAGCAGAACGCAAAUGGCCAAUAUUAAUGAGAAGAAGCAUCCAAGACGGAUGUAGUUCAUCAGAAAUUAGCGGUGGGGAAAGACAGUGUCCAGCUGUGUGUUGUCGCUGUGACUUCAAAUUGGUACAUUUAUUCUGCGAUUUCAAAUUCUGACAACUCACUGAAGUAGUUGCUAGAUCUGUCCUUGUACAGUUAGGUCCAGUGUCACAAUGUUUUAUAAAUAUGUAUUUUGUGUAUUUUUUCAAGAAUACUUGAACAAGUUAAGUUCAUUAAACAUGAAUAAAAGUACUGCACUUUUA